AUGCAAGCGCGGCGUCUGGCCAAGCGCUCCAGCCUGGGCAGCCGGCGCUUGAGCACGGCGGGGCCGCCGUCGGCCGCUCAGCCUUUCCCGGAGCCGGGCGCCCGCGGUGCGCCGAAGCCCGAAAACUCCUGGAGGCCGCCCCGGCGGGAGGGCUCGGCGGCCGCCCUCGAGGAAGAGGACGAGGAGGAAGACGUGGUGGUCGACGUGGAGGAGGAAGACGACGCCGACGAGGCGGAGGCGCCCGGCUUGGGCAGCCCCCUGUCCGACCUCGGCGGGCCGGGCAAGGGCCACGCGGCCGUCCGGGCAAACCUCAAGGCAACCAACAUAAAGCGUGAAAUGACCUUCACAGUAUUUCACCAGGAGGACCUAAAAAGUGAUCUGAAUCAAAAACUAUCAGACCAACAGCUUUUUCUAUUGGCCAUGAAGGAAGAAGAUUCAAAAACAGCAGACACCAAAAAACCUGGCAGAGUCCAUGAGCACGAAAAAGAAAGCACUCGUUCGAUCUGCCUUCUUGAACAGAAGCGCAAAGUUGUAUCUUCUAAUAUUGAUGUGCCUCCUGCAAGAAAAUCUUCAGAAGAACUGGAUAUGGAUAAAGUCACGGCAGCUAUGGUACUAACCAGUUUAUCCACCAGCCCUUUGGUCCGCAGCCCUCCUGUUCGGCCCAAUGAGUCCUUAAAUGGAUCUUGGAAAGAAGGAGGAUUUGUGCCUUCUAGUACCAGCAGCAGUGGGUAUUGGAGCUGGAGCGCUCCAAGCGACCAGUCAAACCCAUCUACCCCAUCACCACCUCUCUCGGCCGACAGCUUCAAACCAUUUCGAUUGCCCUCUCAAACAGAUGAUGGCAUUGAUGAGGCUGAAACUAGCAGCCUCCUCUUUGAUGAGCCCAUUCCUAGAAAAAGGAAGAAUUCAAUGAAGGUCAUGUUUAAAUGCCUUUGGAAAAACUGCGGAAAGGUACUGAGCACAGCUGUUGGCAUUCAAAAACACAUCCGGACCAUUCACCUUGGGCGUGUAGGUGAAUCUGACUACAGUGAUGGAGAGGAAGAUUUUUACUACACAGAGAUACGUCUCAACACCGACUCAGUAGCUGAUGGAUUAAGUAGCUUAUCUCCCGUCUCUCCAUCUCUAGCAUCUCCUCCUUCUUUUCCAUCCCAAGAUGUGAGCAAAAGUGAGUUAUCAUGUGCCAAAACAGAUGCUAAAGGGAUGACGCCUCUAAGCCGCUCUGCUCCUACCAACCUCUACCUCGUUCACUCUGAUCACGCUUACCAGGCCACUGCUCCAAUGAACAUUCCAGGGUCAACCAAGUUCACGCCCAAUGGAAAUAGCUUUAGCAUCUCUUGGCAGUCUCCUCCAGUUACCUUCACUGGCGUUCCAGUUUCACCAACUCACACGCGCCCUGCAGGGAGUGGAGAACAAAAGCAACAGAUUCAGACAGUUCUGUCAUCACCACCUAGAGCAUCAGUUGGCCUAAGAAAACCUAGAGGAGAGGGAAAGAAAUGUCGCAAAGUAUAUGGGAUGGAGAACAGAGAUAUGUGGUGCACAGCUUGUCGUUGGAAAAAGGCCUGCCAGAGGUUCAUUGACUGAAGCAUGGAAACAAUACGGAAUCAUGUAUAGCAGGAUUUUCAUGCUGCAGCUGCACUGUGUGACUUUCCCCACAUCAUUCAGUGCUGGCUUUUACAGAAGGCUUGCACUUUAAAAGGAAAACAGUAGUACCCAAGGAGGAGUUCUCAAAUGCCUAUGUGCAGCAAUAUAGGAGAAACUAACAACAACAAAACCUUUUAAAAGUUUUGAAUCAGGGGCAGCUAUAUGUAUUUUUCUUUAAAAGAAGAAAAAUCCUUUUUAAUAAUCUUGAACAACUUGCCUGCCAGGACAUUUUGUUUUUCACACAGCAUCAUUGUCUGUUCUGAGAACUUUGGAAUCAGAAAAAGCAAAAAAAAACCAAGUGAUACUACUUUACCCGAAAUGGUUUUUUAAAAAGUGCAUACAUUGCAAGGGGGUUUCUACACUAUACUUUACAAAUGCAUAAGCUACAAUUUUCUCAAAAGCAGCUCUUUCAGAUAUGGUCAAUAUUUCUAAUGGGAUCAGAGUUGGUGCAGCAUCCUUGGCUUGUCCUUUAGGGUUAUUAGAAUAUUGUGUUGCUGGAAGGACAAGCAGCAUUGUGAAGAGAAUUUCAAGAGUGGUCUCAAACUUAGACCUGAAGCCUAAGUAUCACUUUUGUUUAUAUCCUAAAAGAGGAUACAUUUGGGGAAAUCACCAGCAGACCUAAACUAAAAAAUACAUCCACAAGCGGGAGAGGAGUCUGAUUUUAAAUGAACUUGGAUUGAAGUGAGCAUAAGAACAUAAUUUAUGAUUCAGGAUAUCUUCCCAGAAAUGAUCACAGGAGAACUCUUUGUACAUCUCACAGUGCUAAAGGCCUUGCUCCAAGUGAGUACGGGCAGCCAGCUAGACUUCAUAAGCUUUUAUUCAGGGAUGUGAUCCAACCCAGCCGCUUCCUUUCCUGCUUUUUAUGAGAAUACCAGAUGAACAGUUCGAUUUAAAAUGCAAAAUGCAUUAUUUUGGGCAAGGAGGAGACUACACGAAGACAACAGCUCCCUGCUUCAGCUUUCCAACAAGUAAAAUAUGAGUGCAGCAAAGCAGGUGUAUGUAUGUAAAAAGUCCAAUGAUUAUCAAGUUAUUUCAAGGUCAGAAAUAAAAGCCUUCACACUGGCUUGCACUUUGAUAGGUUUUUGUGCUUUAGUGUAAUUUAGUACUUUUUUGGCCCAUGAAAUGGCACGGAUUAUUUUAGUGUGAUAAAAAUUGAGCUAAUGUUUGAAAAUCGGUGGAGAUUUUGGGCACAGGUGUACUGGAAAGAUUGUCUCUGCAGGCCCUUCUAGUAAUAAAUGGGAUUAGUGCAAGAAUGCUACCAUAUAUUAAUUGCAGUGGGGCUUGUGCUCAAAAACAUUCUGGUGGGUUUUGCCCUAUGAUAUUAACUCCAGAGUGGUUUCCCAAAUUCAGAAAACAAGAGCAAGAAUGGGAGCCCAUGUGGAUGCUUAUUCCAACUGUUGUAUGGUGACAAGUCAUAGGCAAAGUUUAUUUUUUGGCUCAGAAGGACCAAUGAUCGGAACACAACACAAAUCUCUCUUACUAGACUAUCUCUACCUUUGACUAAGAGGGAGGAAAAAGCACAAGAUUUGGUUGGAAAAGAGAAUCUAUAGCUAGGGCUGAUCUUUAUGUGAACUUCAGUGCAAAACUACUAAAUUUAACAAAAGGACACUCAUUUUGCAGCAUUUCUAUAUAGUAGGCCUAGGAUUGCCUUCCAAAAUAAGUCUCUCUGGUUGAACAACUCUGCAUAGCAUUGUCAGGGUUCCCUUUGAUCUAAGCACUCACUACAGAUAUUCAUCCAGUUUUCUCUUAACACCUUCAAAGACGGAAAUUCUUUGUAUAUAUAGUACACAGUUGCCACCAGUCUUAACAACUAGGAAGUAUGGAGCAUGCCUAUCUUAAGACUUGUCAGUAAAAUAAACAGGCAUGAGCUGAAUACAAAUGAAAUAUUUUGUUUUCCUUAUGACUUGGUCUUCGUUUAUGUCUAGCCUAGCCAUCAGAGUUAAGAAAAAGAUUCAGGAAAAAACAAGGCUUUAUUUUAAACUAAUUAUUCAAUGCAUUCUCUUUCCAUGAUCAAGGAGCUAACUGCUAAUUUUAGAACUGUACUCCUGAUGCAACAGUUGCACCCUGUGUUCCAUCUUUUAAUGUGUUGAACUGUAGUCUUACUUUUGUGUUGCAGUACAUCUCUGGGUGUUCACAGUAAUCCAUUUGAAAUUUACCCAGUGGUGAUCAGCCGUAGCAUAACUUCUGUUCUGACUUGCUGCUCAGAAAAGAGUACAAACAUUAACCGUACCUUAAUGUUCAGUGCACAUCCAGAGGAAAGAGAAGGUACAGUUUUAUGGUUCAUUCCCAACUGUGUAUAGAAAAGUUGUAGUGCAUGUACUUUGCAUGCUAGAGAACUUGGGUUCAAUUCCUGAUUUUCCAUUUACACGAUUCCAGGUAGCAAGGCUACAAAGUGUAUCUGUGUGAGGCCUUGGAGAACAGCUGCCAUUUUGGAAUAAGAUAAUAUUGGGCUAAAUGGACCAAUGGUCUGACUCAGUCUAAUGUAACUUUAUAUGGUCAAUGUAACGUUCUUGUGAUAGAAAGAACAGAAGCUCCAGGAAAGUUCCGAGUGCUUUGCAAACUGAAAUAAUGGUAAUUUCCACACAUAGGCAAUCAUUUUCCGUUUGAAUAAGUGCUCCUUUUGGGAGUAUGUAGUCUUGAUUAUCUGCUACUUUUGGACCCUGUUUAAUUCACAAGGAUCUAUUCUAUUUCUGUGGUAUUUCAUAUCUAUUUUUACAGGACGAUAUUGCCAUACAAGUUGCAAAAUAACUCAUCAUCCAAAUAUAUUAUUAGUGUGACUGGAGAUAAUAGAACAGGAGGAAAUCUCUAUUUGCAGGGGUUGGGGUAUUAUGUAAUGUUCUAGGAAUCUGCAGCUGAUUUGGUUGCAUGUAUGACUGCAAAUUAAUUUUGGGGACUGUGGCAUUUGCCAAAUUAUUCUUGGUUGGCAUAACCCUCCUGCUAGGCAUAUUCCUCUAUGCUGGUGCUCUCAAAGCUAGAGUCAGGCCUUGACAAAUCUCGAUAAUUUGAUUUCAGAUUCCCAAGAGUUGAAGAUCAGUGUUUGACAUCUGAUCAUUUAGCAUUUUUGUAAUAUAGUUUUCAGCUCAGCACUCUGAACUCAUAAGGGCUAGAAACUUAUUUUAAAAAACUGAAACAUAAUCAGGAGAAUGC